AUUGUUUUCAGUGGCACAGAAAGAUGGCGGACCGAACGCCUGGCUCUCAAAAAGCUAGCGCUAAGGCGCUGCUUGAGAGCAAGCUCAAAUCUUUCAGCAUUGGAAAGAUGGCUGUGGCUAAAAGGACUCUAAGCAAAAAGGAGCAAGAUGAAAUAAAGAAAAAAGAAGAUGAGCGGGCGGCAGCAGAGAUUUAUGAGGAGUUUCUUGCUGCUUUUGAAGGAGGAGGAGAGGGCAAGGUCAAAGCAUUUGUCCGAGGCGGUAUUGCAAAUGCAUCAAAAGAGGAAGCAGCUUCUGAUGACAAAAAGGGAAAAUUAUACAAACCCAAAUCCCGCUUUGAUACCCAGCCAAAAAGUAUCCUGCCUUUGGAAACCCCCUCACAGUUUUUAACAACAGACAAAAGAAAUACUUUAAAGAAGAGUGGAGAAAAGGAGAAGAAGAAAAGUAACUUGGAGCUUUUUAAAGAAGAACUUAAACAGAUCCAAGAAGAGCGAGAUGAAAGACACAGGAUGAAAGGACGUGUCAGUCGCUUCGAACCUCUGCCUGGAUCAGAGGGCAGACGCUCAUCGGAUGGUUCUUCAAGAAGAAACCGUCCGUCCAGUGUUCUGGAUGACUGUGCGCCAGGCUCCCAUGAUGUAGGCGAUCCAUCUACUACCAACCUGUAUCUCGGAAACAUUAAUCCACAAAUGAACGAAGAGAUGUUGUGCCAAGAAUUUGGGCGCUAUGGCCCCCUGGCCAGCGUGAAAAUCAUGUGGCCAAGGACAGAUGAGGAAAGGGCUCGGGAGAGGAACUGUGGCUUUGUGGCCUUUAUGAACAGGAGGGAUGCUGAGCGUGCUCUCAAGAACCUAAAUGGGAAAAUGAUCAUGAACUUUGAAAUGAAAUUGGGGUGGGGCAAAGGUGUGCCCAUUCCACCCCAUCCUAUAUAUAUCCCUCCCUCCAUGAUGGAGCAUACCCUCCCACCACCUCCCUCAGGCCUACCCUUCAACGCACAGCCCAGAGAGCGGCUAAAGAACCCCAAUGCUCCAAUGAUUCCUCCGCCCAAAAACAAGGAGGAGUUCGAGAAGACUCUGUCGCAAGCCAUAGUCAAAGUGGUUAUCCCAACAGAAAGGAAUUUGCUCUCUCUCAUCCACCGCAUGAUCGAAUUUGUGGUGCGUGAAGGCCCAAUGUUUGAAGCCAUGAUCAUGAACAGAGAAAUUAACAAUCCAAUGUACAGGUUUUUAUUCGACAACCAGAGCCCAGCACAUGUAUAUUAUCGUUGGAAGCUCUACACCAUUCUACAGGGUGAAUCUCCAGCCAAAUGGCGAACAGAGGACUUUCGAAUGUUUAAAAACGGCUCCUUAUGGCGUCCACCGCCUCUUAAUCCAUACCUUCACGGUCCUUAUGAUGAGGGUGAUGAAGAGGAGGAAGAAGAGGAGGCUAACAAGAAAGGCUCCCUUAAAGAAGAGGAGCGAGACAAACUGGAGGAGAUGCUUCGUGGUUUGUCUCCGAGGAGAGGAGACAUUGCAGAGGCUAUGCUGUUUUGUCUGAACCACGCUGAAGCUGCUGAGGAGAUUGUGGAGUGCAUCGCAGAGUCCCUCUCCAUUCUAAAGACUCCUCUACCAAAGAAGAUUGCACGGUUAUAUCUCGUUUCUGAUGUGCUGUACAACUCUUCUGCCAAAGUAUCCAAUGCUUCUUACUACAGAAAAUAUUUUGAGACAAAGCUUUCCCAGAUUUUCGCUGAUCUUAAUGCCACAUAUAAGACGAUACAAGGACACCUGCAGAGCGAAAACUUUAAGCAACGAGUAAUGGCAUGUUUCCGGGCGUGGGAGGAUUGGGCCGUGUACCCUGAUCCAUUCCUCAUUAAGUUGCAGAACAUCUUUCUGGGUCUUGUUAAUCUCUCUUCAGAAAAGGAGAUUCCUAUAGUUGUUGAGCCUGAACCUGCAGACGACCUUGAUGGGGCUCCUCUGGGCGAGUUCGUGGAUGGAGCUCCUCUGGAGGAUGUGGAUGGGGUUCCUAUUGACGCAAUACCUCUUGAUGGGGCACCGAUUGAUGGAGCCCCUCUGGAUGAUUUAGAUGGAGUUCCUAUUAAGUCAGUCGAUGAUGACAUUGAUGGAAUACCUCUGGAUCAGUCAGCAGGUGCAACUUUCAAGGUUGCGCCCUCAAAAUGGGAGGCAGUGGACGAGGCAGAGCUGCAGGCUCAAGCUGUAACGACCUCAAAAUGGGAGAUAUUUGAGCAACCGGAAGAGGCAAAGAGGGGUGAAGCCAACAGUGAUGAUGAAGAGCGGAGCUCAGAGGAAAAUCAGAGCUACUCCAACCCCUUUAGAGACGACUCCGAAAACAAGGCCAAGAUGUCCGAGAUGAAUGAGGAGAAACGCACUAAGCUCAGAGAGAUUGAGGUUAAAGUCAUGAAGUUCCAAGAUGAGCUGGAGUCUGGGAAAAGACCCAAGAAGCCUGGCCAGAGUAUUCAGGAGCAGGUGGAGCACUACAGGGACAAGCUGCUACAAAAGGAAAAAGAAAAAGAAAAACUGGAGCGUGAGAAAGAGAGGGAGAAAAAAGAAAAGGAGAAAGCAGAGGCACGGAUAAAAGAGCUGAAAAAGGAAAAGGAGAAGGAUGACACACCAACAAGGAAAGAAAGAAAGCGGCAUCACAGCGGGUCUCCCAGUCCAUCAAGGAGCAGCAGCAGACGGGGCCGCUCUUCUUCACCGCGCUCAGAGAGAUCUGAACGCUCUGACCGAUCAUAUUCUAAAGACACGUCAUCCCGCUCAUCACAUAAAGAUUCCCCUCGGUCCAGCAACAAAAAAUCCUCCAAGAGAUCGCCGUCGUCUCCUCGCACACCGAAACGAUCGAGGCGGUCACGUUCCAGAACACCCAAGAAAUCCACCAAGAAGUCCCGCUCAAAAUCUAGAUCUCCGCACCGAUCUCACAAGAAAUCCAAGAAGAGCAAACACUGACGUCUUUAGUUUUUGUUGUAAACCAGCCCCUCUCAUUAACAUCUCUGCGCCACAUGAUCUGAAGGUGAACUGAUACGGCAGCGGAAGAUCUGAGAUGCCUGAAGGACAACAAGGCGUGAGGGCAUUGCAUGGGUGACAGAUUGGGCCCACUGCUGUUUUAUAUUGUAAAGA